AUGACAAUCAAGAACAAGUACGCCCUCCUGAGAAUAGAUGAUUUGAUGGAUCAGUUACAUGGAUCAUCGGUAUUCUCAAAAAUUGACUUGCGGUCAGGAUAUCAUCAGAUAUUGGUAAAGGCUGAUGAUGUGCAGAAGACGGCCUUCAGAUCCCGAACUCAAGAGAAGCAUGCCGACCACCUAAGGCUAGUGCUUGGUAUUCUGAGGAAGAAGCAACUAUAUGUUAAAUUGUCUAAGUGUGAAUUUUGGAUGGAUGAAGUACAGUUCUUGGGACAUGUGAUAUCCGCCCAUGGGAUAGCGGUGGACCCAACAAAGGAGGAUGUAGUGGUAAAAUGGGAAAGUCCCAAGUCAACGAUGGAGAUAAGGAGCUUCGUGGGUUUAGUAGGUUACUAUAGGAGGUUCAUUGAGGGAUUCUCCAAAAUAGUGGCACCUUUGACACAGCUUACCCGGAAGGACUAG